AUGACAAGUCAUGUAAAAAUAGUUUUAUCGUCAUCGUCAAGACUUUGGAGAUACAGGUCAACUUAUGCAAACACAUCGAGAUCAAAUUGCAGCUCUUCUUCUUACGCAGCCUUCGAUCUACUGUUUUCCGAAGGCAUUUUUACAGAGUGGCACAUUAAUCUCAACUUUACCACGAGAGGGCGGUCCUUCAAGCUCCGAGAAGUAUCGGCUGCAAUGUUCUCUUUAGGAUCGUCCCUUUCCUCUUCCCUGGACAUAGACUUCUUUCGCGUACCGGUUGGGAGCUACUACAACUGCACCAACUUGAACUUGACCCUGUCAUUUUUCCAGCUCAACCUCACCCAGCCUUUGUUCCAGCCGUUUGUCCAGAAAACCAAAGGAGGUGAUAAUUGGGGAAAACCUUAUGAGUGCAGACCUGGAGGCCGAGGUGGGUGGAGUCUGGUCGUCGUCGUCGGCGUCGCCAUCGUCAUAGUCGUGAUCUUAGCUGUGGUCAUUUCAGUGACAGUCUGCGUGGUUAAACGAAGGAAGUCAUCCCGUCAAGGGUACAGUUCAGUGGCGUAGCUAGGAUUUUUUUCCCGGGGGGGCACUGGGGGGUCCUUGCUUUUUCAG